AUGGACGUGCUGCUAUUGCAACUAAAGCGCUGGCGCAAUGAUACUGGCCAUGGAGACAAGAACGGCGCGUUGUUGCUGCUUUUGGGUAUUGUGCUUGUUGCUGGUGUUCAUGUAGACGAGUAUGGAUCGUUACUGUACACUCUGAUACUUUUGGGAACGGCUCUGGGGCUACAGAUGACAUUCGAUGAGACUAUCGACGAUAAUACGUCACCUCAGACAUUGCUAUCGAUUGCAAUGGCAAUGAUUAUUGCUGCAGCAGUGGGCUAUUUGACACCUGAGAGUGUUGCUCAUGCCCAACAGAUUGUCAAUGAUCGAGCAAAGGCUGACAGAGACGUUAUGACCAUGACUACGUGGUUUUCUUAUCUAGUGGCUGCCGCUGUGGGUCAAUUUGCAGCUGGAUACUUUACGAAGAAGCAGAGAUGUUUAUCUUCAGCAAACCAAGCUGAGGCCCGACUCGUGUGUAUAUCGACGGGAAUCAUGCUGUUCAUUCUUGUUGCAUUGUGGGAGCAGCAAUGGUUGCGUGCUGCUCUGAGUGCGACGGCUUGUACUAUGAUACUUUACGUGCUUGUAAGUCGUUGGUGGUAUGCCAGUGCAUCGUUUAGAAAUGGUACUGAUUGUGAGGUGUAUCUCGACACGUGUUGGCCAAGUUCCGGAUCUGACUUGAAGAGUGAUAAGCUGUCGGAAUUGAGCGUUAUUCUUGGUGUAUUGUGGUCACGACCUGCCUCGCGCCAGAUGCUUCUUUUCUUAUCAAUCAAUGUUGCCUUUAUGUUUGUGGAACUCGGUGUUGGUCUCUACACGAACUCACUUGGUCUCAUGGGUGACGCUGGACAUAUGCUGUUUGACAACGGUGCGCUCACGAUUGGUCUCGUGGCAUCAUACAUUGGCCAGCUUCCGCCUGAUGCGAAGUUUACUUACGGUUAUGGUCGUGUGGAGGUCCUCUCAGGCUUCUUAAACUCAUUGUUGCUGCUUGUCGUAUCAUUCCACCUGCUAACUGAAGCGGCAUCACGAUUCAUGGACCCACCCAAGGUUACAACGGACCAUUUGCUCCUCACAUCAACGGCUGGGCUUAUUGUGAACCUAGUUGGUCUAUUCUUUUUUCACGACCACGUCCACGGUCAUAGCCACAGUCAUGGAGGAGAUUCAGGGCACGUAGGGGGCUGUGAUAGUGGUCACGGACAUAGUCACGGCAACAGUCUCCACCAGGCCCACGGUGAAGAUGCCUCUGAAGGUGGGCACGUUGGUGGAAACAGCAACAUGUACGGUGUGUAUCUUCAUGUAUUGGCUGAUACGCUUGGUAGUGUGGGCGUAAUCAUUUCGUCAUUGCUGAUUCAAUUGUUCGAGUGGCAUAUAGCUGACUCUGCAUCCUCGGCACUGAUCUCUUUGCUCAUCUUGGGUAGUACGAUGCCUUUGCUGCGGGACACAGCUCGCCAACUACUACAAGGUGCACCCCCAGAGCUGGAAGAUAAUAUCAAUGCGGCUCUGCAUGAUGUGCAAACAAUUGUACCAGGCGUGGAACGUAUAGCUCAGUGGAACAUUUGGCAUCACGCGGCCGACAUAAGCGUGGCUACGUUGCACCUUGAGGUUGCAUCCUCGGCUGAUGAGCAACGUGUGCUGCAGUAUGCCCGAGACAUCUUUUGGCGUCAUGCACGACUUGACAAGUUUUUAUCAGUGCAGAUCUCAAAGCCUCAGGUGCUUGACAUGCUGGGAAUGGAAGAUGUUGGAGCUGAGUUGCCAGCAAUUACGAAUGGAUGCAGUGCGGUUCAUGGUCACGGUCACAGUCAUGGCCAUGAUUACAGCCACGGUCACAGCCAUAGCCACGGGGCUAAGCCUUCGAUGACUAGCUCUGCAUUUAUACUGCAUCACCAAUAUCCGCAACAUAUGGCAACCAAGAUGGGUACGUACGAGAACCCAGCUAGCGAUGACUCCCGCUUCAUGCACUCACUAGAAUUCCGACAAAGAAUCAAGCCAUUCACAGCCACAACCAUGACCAGUGGACAACAAGAUAACCGGUAG